UCUGGAGUUUUAACUUGGUAUAUUUUCUGGUCAUGGCAGCACAGCAGAGGUUAAACCUCGUCUCCUCCCCCCUCUCUGCUGGUCCAGACGGUGACGAGCUCAGGUGAUAGUUCACAAUGCAAACUCACAGACCUCUCACAGGCAUCAUCAGGAAGCAUCACACACAGAUGUGGGUGUGGUCGCUUUGAUGCGCAACCAGAACAGGCAACGUGCAACUCCAACAGCAAAAGUCCAUUUAAACUUGAGAGUAUAAGAACAAAAUAGCCUGCAGGAGGAGAGAGAGAGAGAUAGAGGGAGGAGUAGGGGGAUCUACUUUUCCUCUUUAGUCUCAGCUAGAGAAUUACAUCAAGCUUUAAGGAGGAAUAACCCUGACUGGACACAAACUGAGAGGGUAUAACAGGGUGAGGAGCAAGUCUUCCUGAGUCGUGAGUAUUUAUUUAUCAUCCCUCAUCUAGAGUUGUUUUUUCUGCGCAUCUUUUUUUUUUCUUGCACCUCCUUUAGUAUAUUUCUCAUCACCACCACCAUGGCAUGGCCGUGCAUCACGCGUGCUUGCUGCAUCAACCGCUUCUGGAGCGAGCUGGACAAAGCGGACAUCGCGGUGCCUUUGGUUUUCACCAAGUACUCGGAUGUGGCCUCGGACUUGCAGCAUCAGCAUCUUCACCCGCAGCCCAGACAGAAGAGAACCGGAGGAGCCGUCGCCAUAGAAACGCAGCAUCCCGGAGAGCAGCACCAAGAGCCCGGUAAGGCGCCGCCCGGUGCCGGUGCCGCAGCGGCCAAAGAUGGCUCUGCUGCGUCCGUCAUGCGUCAAGACUUCAAGGCGUGGAGAGUGCGACCCGAGCCCAGCUGCAAGCCCAGGGACGAGUACCAGCGCUCUGCGGCGCCGUUCAACAACGAGACGCAGUACCAGAAGGAUUACAAGCCGUGGCCUAUACCGAAGAAACACGACCACCCGUGGAUCCCCAAAGCUAGCCCCACCACCACCACAGGAGGAGGAGGAGGUGUAUGUAAAGUGGAGCAUGCAGAGGCCGAGAGCGGCGUGGAGAAGAGCGAGAUCGAGGAGAAGACACAGGAGAAAGAGUUAAAGGAGCCGGUGAAGAAGGUGAGCGUGAAGAGGGAGAAGUCAGCAGAGAGGCAAACUGUGGAGAAGACAGAGGUGCAGAUGCCUCCAGAUGUUGUGACUGCAGAGGAGAAGAAAGGCAGAGCAGCUGCAGACGCUCUCAACAGACAGAUCAAGCAGGUUAUGUCGACUUCUAGCAGCUACAGGACUGAGUUCAAGGCGUAUAAGGAUGUGAAACCAGCGAAGCCCAUUAAAGCUCCAUCUCAGUAUAAACCCCCAGUGGAGGAGACCAGUCUGGAAACCAGCUACAGUGCCACAUACAAGGGGGAGCAGGUGAAGGCUCACCCCACUGACAACAAGCUGACGGAUCGCAGGAGGAUACGCAGCCUGUACAAUGAGCCGGGCAAGGACGCUGCCAAGGUGGAUAAACCAGUGUCUCGCACCAAACCAAAAAAGACACCAACAACAACAACAGGGAAGAUGGUGAAAAAAUCAAAAGAGAAGCAGAUUGCUAGUUCCCAGUCAGCCAAGAAGAAACCAUCUUUGGGCACCCCAGAACCCAAAUCAGAUGGAGUUGUCACAAAGAAGAGCAAAGAGAUCAGCAACAGACUGGCUGAAGCGAAACAGUAAAAGUAAAAAAAUCAAAGGCGACUUGAUGAAUUAGGCCAAUUUCUUCCAUUUGGUUUAUUUCCUUACCUGUUGUUUUUGCUGUCCUGUCAUAUAUUGUUCACCUUUGAAUGGGCACUGAUGUUGAGCUUUUAGAAUAAUGCAAAUAAUUUCACUGUAAAAUGUGCGAGUGUGUGUGUGUGGGUGUAAAUGUAUGAAAGUGUGUAAUUCCCUGUAUUUUGGUGCACAGAACCGCUUUAUAUUAUUCAGCACAUCAUUUGCACAUCAUUUGCACAUCAUUUGCACAUUGUUUAUAUGAGUUCUGUUGGGCAUCGAACUAUAAAAAAGAGCCAUCGAUACACAUGUAGUAUGUGUAUGAAAGGGCAUUUUUACCUUUAUCUGAAUGGAUGACAAUUGAGAUCAAUAUGAAAAUGAUUGUAUAAAAUGUCAAGGGGAUGCUUUUUCUCCGAGACUGUAUCACAUAAGAGGUUUUGUGAAAGUGCAAAAUCUGUUUUACGGUUGCGUUUCCUAGUUACAGUGCCUCCGCUGUAUGGUCCUGGUUUUCAUUUCAUUGUUCUGGAUGAUAUCUGGUUUUAUCAGUUUGGUUGCUAAGAAACCAAAUGAACUGUAAUAUAAUUGCCACAGCUUGCAUGCAGGACCCCGUUUUUGGUUGAGUAGCAACAUUUUAGCAGACUAUGUGUCACAGUCACAUUUUAGCUUGUAAAUUGAGCCAUUAAAGAUAAAUGUGUAGGGGCAAAUAUAAUGCAUGUGUAGUAAUAGAUUCUGGUCACACCGAAAAACAAAAGUACACACACUAAGUAAAAUCAUAGUCUAGUGGCUGUUAAAGCUAUGAACUAAUCACACCAGCAAUAUGGUUUCACCCACAAACACAUUUCUUGCAAUAUAAAUGAAGAUCCACUCCUUCGAUUUAAUGGGAAUACGGCAGUUCUUAUGAUGACUCAAUAUUGCACUCCAUCUUCUAAUCUGAGCUGUAACGCUGUAAUUGUGCUAAAUAAGAAAAAAAAAAAAAAGUAUGCAUAUAGGCCUGAAAAAGGAGAACGUAUUGUAUUUACUCAGAAAAUGUCACUCUGAAUGGGCUGAUCUCUCCAGGUGCUGAAGGACAAGGAAUGGGCCAGGACUUGAACUUCAGCUCUUUAAAAUGCUGCCUGUCUGAAAAAAUGCGCAAAUCACAUCUGUUCAUUGUGAGCAUGACAUGAGGUGUUUUUUACUAAAACCCUUAGCGGCCAACAUGGCUGCAGUGUGUGAGAGCCCAGUCGAGCACUACCCACCGUGAGUCUGCUUCCAGUUUUAGCAUCAGUGUGAGUGUGAGUGAGAGAGUUUUUUGUGUAUGACCUCUACAGCCUGCUGCCUGCUAGCAUCAAGUCUGACCCAACCACUAGACGUGCUGCUGUGCACUCCAUCACCCUGGUGCUAUAUCUCAUCGUAUGUGCUGUCUGGUUUGGACUGCGUGUGGCGUCAGACCAGAGUGAAAUGAUGAUACGACAACGUCAUACCGCUGCAGACAUGUUGUGAUGUUGUGCUUGUACUCUCAGCUUGCUCCGAAUGAACUCUGAUUAAAAUGACGAUACAGAA